AUGUUUUCCGCUCUGAAGAAGCUGGUGGGGUCGGAGCAGGCUCCGAGCCGGGACAAGAACAUCCCCGCCGGGCUGCAGUCCAUGAACCAGGCGCUGCAGAGGCGCUUCGCCAAGGGGGUGCAGUACAACAUGAAGAUCGUGAUCCGUGGGGACAGGAACACGGGCAAGACAGCCCUGUGGCAUCGGCUGCAGGGGAAGAGAUUCCUGGAGGAAUACAUCCCCACCCAGGAGAUCCAGGUCACCAGCAUCCACUGGAACUACAAAACUACUGACGACAUUGUGAAAGUGGAGGUCUGGGAUGUGGUUGACAAAGGAAAAUGCAAGAGGCGCGGGGAUGCCUUGAAAAUGGAGAACGACCCUCAGGAGGCGGAGUCCGAGCUGGCCCUGGACGCUGAGUUCCUGGACGUGUACAAGAACUGCAACGGGGUGGUCAUGAUGUUCGACAUCACCAAGCAGUGGACCUUCAACUACAUCCUGCGUGAGCUGCCCAAAGUGCCAACUCACGUCCCCGUAUGCGUGUUGGGCAACUACCGUGACAUGGGGGAACACCGGGUGAUCCUGCCCGAUGACGUGCGUGACCUCAUCGACCACCUGGACAGGCCCCCGGGCUCAUCCUCCUUCCGCUAUGCUGAGUCCUCCAUGAAGAACAGUUUCGGCCUAAAAUACCUUCACAAGUUCUUCAACAUCCCUUUUCUGCAGCUGCAGAGGGAGACGCUGCUGCGGCAGCUGGAGACCAACCAGCUGGACAUGGACGCUACGCUGGAGGAGCUGUCGGUGCAGCAGGAAACGGAGGAGCAGAAUUACGAAAUCUUCCUCGAGAUGAUGGAUGCACGAAGCCGUGGCCACACCACCAAUGGGCAAAGCCCGGCCUCCGGUUCCCAGUCACCUGUUGUCCCUCCAGGGGCUGCGUCCCCUAGCAGCUCCAGCCCUGGCACCCCCCAGCCAGCCCCACUGCCGCCUGCCCCCCCCUCCUCCUGCCCCUCCCUGCCAGCCGAGGCCCUGCUUCCCCAUACCCCAGCUGUAGCCCCCCUGGCCCCUGGCCCGCCCCCACCCCAGCGGCGCAGCAUCAUCUCUCGGCUGUUUGGGACCUCACCUGCGGCUGAGCCAGCCCCCUCACCUCCAGAGCCUACUCCACCUGCUGAGGCCCCGAACGUGGAGGACUUUGUUCCUGAAGACAGCCUGGACCGCAGCUUCCUGGAGGAUGCAGCACCCCCAAAGGACGAGAAGAGGACCAAAACCCUGCCCCCACAGGACAGUGACAGUGAUGGAGAGGCUCUGGUUGGGAACCCGAUGGUGACAGGUUUCCAGGACGACGUGGACCUGGAAGACACGCUGCCCGUGGACCCCCUCCCCAGCAAGCCUGCUCCUCUGCAGAGUGACGGAUCCGAGAAACCAGCAGGCCCUGCAAAAGCCACGGUUCUGGAGCCAGAGGGGAAGGGGUCCUACCCGAAGCCACUGGAGCUUCAGGCUGAGGCCGCCCCCUCACCAGCACAGGAGUCUCAGGUGCUGGAGACACCUGGUGGGGGCAAAGGUAGCCUCGAGGUGCAAGCAUCGGGGGUCACCUCCCGCAGACCUGAGGGUGCCCGGGCUGAGCAGUCAGCAUCAUCAGAAAGUGACCCUGAGGGGCCUAUCGCUGCCCAGAUGCUGUCCUUCGUCAUGGAUGACCCUGACUUUGAGAGUGAGGAGUCGGACGCUCAGCGGAGAGUGGAUGCAUUUCCUGUCCGUGAGGACCUCUCCGACUUAACUGAUGAGGACCCUGCCCCAGCACAGCCCCCUCGACCCCCUGCCCCCACUUUCAGACCCAAGAACGAUGCUGAUCUCUUCGGGCUGGGCCUUGGGGAGCCAGGCCCCAGGGACAGCAGUGAGGACGAUAAGGACGGGAAAGCCCCCUCCAGAGAGAAAAAGAAGAAAAAGAAACGAAGCAAGGAGCUGGGGCUCAGGGUCCCCCCGGGGUGGGCCACUACCCCCCUGCCCCCGCUCCAGGAGGAAGACAAGGCGGCUAAGAAGAAGAGCAGACACCGGAAGAGUAAGGAGAAGGAGGAGGGCAGGGAGCAGAAGAAGAAAAAGAAGGCGCCUCGGAGCCGGAAGGAGGCCGCUGACGAGCUCGAAGCUUUCCUGGGGGGCGGGGCCCCCAGCAGCCAGCUCCGCGGGGGCGGGGACUACGAGGAGCUCUAG